CUCCCCCCGCCUCCUCAAGACACGACGGCUUGGCUUGGACGUGAUCCAAUAUUUAUCCUCUCGGCUUUCCCACUCAACAAGAUGGCGCCCCCGACCAACCAUGAGCUGAAUGCCAAGCGCGAGCAAUAUUGCGUGAGCAUCACGCCUGAAAGAAAGUACUAUCGAUGCGGGAACACAUGGAUCAAGCGAAGCUUGCGGCCGGCGGAAUGGCAGGAACAUAACGGUUUCAUGCACGUGCCGAGGUUGAACGUACAGCGGAUCAUCAACGAAGGAGCCUGUCUCAAGUUCCUUGCCGAGAGGACGGACAUCCCCUUGCCCAAGUUUUAUGCCUGUUUUGAGGACGACGGGGCCGCCUGCCUUAUCACCGAGUACGUCGAAGGGGUUGGGAUGAACGACCUCGAUGAAGAACAACAGAAGAUCGUCACCCAAGAACUCCAGGAGCAUAUUGAAACGCUGAAGACAUUGACGUCAAACACCUGGGGUGGACCUGGUGGCCUGGUGUUGCCUCCGCACCGCAUCAUGAGAAAGUCGGACGGCCGGCCAUGGAGGAUGCGUCCUCGGGAGGAGCAUAGUCUUGUGUUCUGUCACAACGACCUUUCCGCGAACAAUGUCAUUGUGGAUCCCAAUUCCCUGAAGAUCAAAGCCAUCAUUGACUGGGAGUAUUCCGGAUUCUUUCCGCCCGAGUUCGAAACAAGCUUUUAUACGCGGCCUGGCCCGUCAGUCGCGCUCCCGGGCGAGGUGGAUGAUGUUGAGACAUUGAUGGGUAUCAUGGAAAGGGAGAAACUGUAAUCCCCAAGUCGGAGGCUUGGGUUUCAAAACCUAAUAAACAGCGAUGCGUUUUCGGGCUGAACGACACAUGUGCCCCUG